GAGGUAGAGCAGGUCUGUGUAGGUAUGCAAACCGAGAGGACGCAAAACUGCUGCUUAGACUCCUGGAGAAACCAAUGAAAGUAUCUAAAUCUGGACCACGAUGGCCACAAUUAACAACACUACCAUCGCCAAUGCCAGCGAUGCAUACUCCUGUAAAUUCGACGAGACUUUCAAGUAUAUUCUCCUCCCAGUGAGCUACAGCCUGGUGUUUGUGUUCGGUCUGGGAUUGAACAUCACCGCCAUGUACGUCAUAUUAUUUCGAACCAAACACUGGAAGCCCAACACCAUCUACAUGAUCAAUCUCAACGCCUGUGACACUCUCUACAUCCUCACGCUUCCGUUUCUCAUCUACUACUACGCUGAUGAAAACGCAUGGCCGUUUGGUGAACUGAUGUGUAAAUUAAUCCGCUUUCUCUUCUACACGAACCUCUACGGAAGCAUCCUCUUCCUCAGCUGCAUCAGUGUGCACAGAUUCAUAGGCGUCUGCCAUCCGGUGCGAUCUUUAUCCUGGAUGAAUGCCCGUCGUGCUCGUUUGAUCUCAUUGUGCAUUUGGGCAACAAUGCUCAUCUUCCAGGCUCCGAUCCUUUAUUUCUCCAGGAUGAAAAGUGAUACGAUGGUUUGCUAUGACACAACAAGCAAGGAGCUCUUCGAUGAUUUUCUGGUCUACAGCUCGGUGGUGAUGCUCCUGCUUUUUGUCCUGCCGUUUGGGGUCGUGUUGGUCUGCAAUGCGAUGAUGGUGAAGAAACUUCGUGAGCCAGGUGUUGGCGAUGGUCCAAUGUCACAGAAAUCCAAGCAGAAGUCUGUAAAGAUGAUUAUAAUUGUGCUUCUGGCGUUCAUGCUGUGCUUCUUGCCUUUUCAUGUGAACCGCAGUAUAUACUACGGCUUUCGUUACAUGGAUAAUCAGGUGAGCUGCUCAAUGUUGGAGAUUGCCAGCAUGGCCUAUAAGAUCACUCGACCCCUGGCCAGCGCCAACAGCUGCAUUGACCCCAUCCUCUACUUCAUGGCAGGACAAGGCUUCAAAAGCAGCAUCAAGAGGAAUAAAUCGCCAAUAGCAAGAUCUGGAAAGAAAUCACCCUCAACCUCUUUAUAAUCUGCUUAAACAAGAAAUCAAAUCUCAGACUACUUACUACUUAGGGAAGUGACCUAAGGUCAAUGACUGGCAUUAAAGUAGAAAUGAAAUUAAAACUAACCAUGAUGAAAAUGCUCUUCCUUUUUUCAGUUACAUUCUCAGAUUACAUCUGUCUGAGGUAUUGGGCGGGGCUAACAUACUUAACCACACCCCUCCAACUAGAGAUCUGCGUGGGACUGGAUUUUUAAUUCCGCUCCCGCCAGGUUUUAUUCCGCACCCGAACGCUCCCGCCGUAUAUUCCGUCUUUGUUCACCCGCUGCUCGUUUUCUAUCCAACCUGACUAUUCCUGCUAAAUUUAGAUCUGGUUUCCAAAAUCUCACGUUAAAAUUGGGCACUACCAAAAGAGAGAGAGAGAACAGAAGUGUAGGUUGUGUAAGGACUGUAGGCUAAAUGUUAGCUUUUUUUCCCCAUUGUGGUGAGACAUGACGUGUGUUGAGGUUUGUGGCUGGUGACUCACUGACUCUUUCAAAGUCAGAUUUACAAACAAAUUCACUCAGUAUAUUUGACAACUACCCAUUGUGUUUUAUAUAUCAUAUCAGCAUUAUUUCUACAAACAUAGCAGGUACAUAUUGGGCCAAGGAAGAAUGUAAAAUGUAUAGCGAUUCAAUAUGCCUCCCAAAAUAAACACCUAGCUGGAUGCUACAGAGUCCAGACAGCCUAUAACAAGUGACACACAGCACCACGGCGGAUGCGCACGCUCUCUCUCAUUCUCACACAAACACACAUACAUACAUAAAGCGCAACGGCGGAGGUGCGCUCUCUCUCUCUCUCUCUAUAUAUAUAGACCAUUUCAAUGUCAAUGUUCAUGUCACUGGCCCAUUAACAUUUCCUGCUUGUUAUAGAACUAUUUCAUAACUGUAACAAGAGGUAAUUCAACCGCAUCUUAAUGUUAAAACAGCUAUCAUAACAUUAUUUAUCAAUAUGUGGCUCUUUUUGGAUUCUUGGAACCUGUAGAAAUUAAAAAAUGUGAAACAGGAAAUACGUUGGGACCAUUGUUUUUGUUUACAUCCCUCAAAAUAUUGUUAGACCGCUUGCUCCCAUUCAAAUUACACAGUUACCGACCGCAACCGCGCUUUAUUUGGAAAUUUAUCGGAAUUUAUCGGAAUACAGGCCUCUAACUCAGUCAGUCAACAAACAGAAAUGGUUUUGUUCUGUUCUGAGGAGUCUGUUAGGUUGUAAUAAUUCUCCUCAAUCACUUUUCCCAGAUCUUUCUGAAUAAAAUGCCUACUUUAGAACAUCCAAUCAGCUUGCUGUACAAAAAACAAGCCACGCCCACUGUUUUCCCAUUUAAUAUUCCAUUUCUCUAGGAGCUGUGUCAGAAUAUGAAAAAAGGUAGCAGCUUCAAGUUCAUGUAGACUUUAAUGUGGUGCAAUUAAAACGCCCAUUUUGUGUGUCUAGAAUACAAAAGCACAAACAAAAAUCUAAAUGGGAGCUGCUAAAGGUACAUACACAUUAGUGAUCCUGGACAGUCUCAUGCUGCAUGGGAAUAUUUUAGCAAUAGUCAAAAAUACAUUGUGUGGGUCAAAAUGAUUGAUUUUUCAUUCGUGAAGUGCUUUGAAAUGCGCAUUUUUAUUCAAGGUAAGCCGUAAUAGAGCAUUUGAUUGGUCAGAAGAUUUGAUGAGAAACUGAAGAUUGCGGACAUGAAUCAAACCGUUGAUCCAUUAAGCUGGAAGUGACAGACUGCAAGGUUUACAUGUUUGUAACAGUUUCAAAUUGCCAGCAGCUAGCUCUCUGCAACUCUCACAUGGUCGCCCACUGAAGAUAAGCAGGGCUGCGCCUGGUCGGUACCUGGAUGGGAGCCCACAUGGGAAAGCUAGGUUGCUGCUAGUUUAGUGAGACCAGCAGGGGGCACUCAACCUGUGGUCUGUGUGGGUCCUAACACCCCAGUUUAUUAAUAGGGACUCUAUACUGCUUAGCGAGCACCGUCUUUCAGAUGAGAUGUUAAUCCCGAUGUGGUCUCUAAAAAUCCCAGGAUGUCCUUCAGAAAAAGAGUAAGGGUUUAACUCCGGAAUCCUGGCCAAAUUUGCCCCUUCAUGGCCUCCUAACCAUCCCCAUAACAUAAUUAGCUUCAUCGCUCUGUCUCCUCUCCACCAAUCAGUUGGUGUGUGGAGAUUCCCCCCUAAAAAUGUUUCAAGUGCUUUGAGUGUCCAGACAAGCGCUAUAUAAAUGUAAGAAAUUAUUAUUAUUAUUAUAUCUCCUAAAUUCAAAUGUUGUCACUGUUUUGGUAAGCUGUAGCUAAUAUAUAUCCUAAAAACUAACAAUACUGAUACUAACAUCUAAAUACCUUUAUUCUAAUUUCAUGGGACCUUUAAGUAAAGAUCGUGUUCCAUGAAAAUAUCUGGUAAAUUUCCUACUGGAAGUAUAUCAAAACACAAUGUUCGAUUAGAAACAAGCAUUGCUAAAAACUUGACUUCAUUAAUGGCGAUUUUCUCAAUAUUUAGAUUUUUCGAACCAUCAGAUUCUAGAUUUCCAAGGUGCAGCCACAUUUACCAUUGCUUUCACAUGCAAAGUCUAUUCAUUUAAAAAGAAAUACCUAAAAUCUGGAGUUUUGUGAGAGGAUGAACCAAAAGUUGCUUGGUUUGAAGGCACAAAGCCUUCAUCGAUGGUAUAGUGACCUUUUAUUGCCCUCAUGCAAAACUUUUGUGCAUGCAAAUUACUUUGACUCAAAAUUUCACUGAACGGCAAAAUCUGUGUGGGGAGGUUUUUCACCCUCAAUUGGCCAGUUGUGUAACUUUGAAUUAUGAUGACUGUAUUUUGCUGUUGGAAUUGUAAGGGGAACUACCUGACCUCACAAUCAUGACCUCACAGUGCUGUCCUCGAAAUUUCACUAACCACAAAAUCUGUGUGAGGAAAUGGUAUUAUCAUGCAAAACGUUUGAUCGCCCAAAUUUGGUACCAUAGACCACAAAACCAGUCAUAAGUGUCAAUUUUAUGAAACUGAUAUUUAUAUGUCACAUGAAAGUUGAAUAAAUAAGCUUUUGGUGACCUGGUGACUUUUAAAUAAGGACCAAUUUGGGGUUGUAUAAAUAGAAGGACUUCAUGACCCCUCCUAAGGACAUUUUAUUGAAUGUGAAGGACGUGUCUCUAUAUAUCUGCUCUUUGACCCAACAAUAUGCUGCUCUCUAUUUGUGCUGCAUAAGUGAUGCAGUGCUGGUGAAGGUACCAAACUCUGCUUCUGUUAAGGAUCCUUACAAAGUGCCAUUGUCUUUGAAGAUCCGUGGGAAUGUAGGCUAAUAAAGUUUUGAAAAGA